AUGUCAAACCGCGCCGGAGUCGACGACCUCGUCUCCCAAAUCGACGCCUACCUUGCUGAGCAACUAGCCUACUCCUCUUCCCCCUCACGCCCCACCUCCCGCGGCACCAUGUUCGUGGACUGGGAGGGCUACGGCGACCCCAUCGUCUCCUACCGCCAUCACCGCCCAGCGCGGCGGCUCUGCCCCCAGCCCCUCCUCGUCGCAGACAUGGGCCUCGAAGUGCGCUACCAGCGCCCUUCGUCCCGCCACGUCGGCGGCGUCUUCGUCGAGGGCUUCGACGCCGAGACAGGCUUCGAGUACGACUACGACGGCCGUGUCAUGCACAUCCACCGCGAUGCGCUACCGCCGUCGCCCACGUAUUCGGACUACUAUGCCAUCGACGCGCGCUCGUAUGAGUCGGACCGGCAGCUGCUGGUCGUGGAUAAGGAGCUGCCGCCGCAGCCGCAUAAGGAGCGCCGCAAGAGGGGCAGGGUGGUCACGUUUAUCCAAAAGCUGCUGAAAAAGCUGGAUGGCAUGGGGUUGAUGAAGCGGCUGACGGCUGAUGGGAAGAAGGCGUCGGCCCGUCCUUCGGCCCGUCCUUCGCGGAGACAGAAGAGCAGAACUCCUGCCCGGCUGAUGCGCAUGGUGCCGCGGACCUGGGUUGCGAGCGGGGUUGGAGAGAUGGAAAGCAUCGAGGGAAGGAAGACAUGGAGCCUGAGUUCUGCUGGCGGAACCACCACGCUCCACGCUUCCUCCUUCUUUUCUCCGUCUACAGGCAGAUCCUCGAGACAUCAUCUAGAGUCUUCGCACCCGGCAACGAAGUUGCAGGCUCUCACUGCCUGCCCUGCCGGCCGGCGGUGCAACGACCUUGGAGCCAGCAAGCAAGCAUCAAGCCACCCACCGUCGCCUCAGAAGCAAGCAGCGAGCAAGGCGCACCACGCGCUCCUCAGCGCCCGAGACGCUGACCAGACGCCGCAGGCCUUGCUCAACGACACAGUAUUCCGGAUCCACAUCUCCGCUCAUACUCUCUCGGCUAUAGUAUCCCCAUCUCCGCCGAUCUACGGGGCGCUCGAAUGGGAGGGGGGGCCGCAUAGUACAGGCGCCACGCACCUCACGGCGUCCGGAUCGAAGCUCCCGUCGGGAUGGAUCAUUCAGAUCUUGAGGUUUUCCUAG